UUGUUUUGGUGCAAUUGUGAAUGAAUUAUUCAAUCAUAUAAUUGCGCAAGUUGCCAACCAUUUUUAAGUUUGUUAUUGUUUAGAAGUUUGGAAAUAAAUUUAUUUUGUCAUUUUUUUCGGGAAUCAUUCAAUAAAUUGAUAAAUUGUCUGGAAAUGUCGGAAGAUAUUCCUUGUAAAAAAUCAAGAAUCGAAGAACAUGAAGGAGAAAUUAAAUCAGAAGAAAACCCUGAAAAUAGUACAAGUUCCAAUACUCCAAACAAGGAGAGCUCUGUAGGUGUAACAAAUUUGCCUACGGCCAACACCACGUCAGUAGCUAUACCACAACCAAGACCUAAGUUGACAUUUAAAAAUCCUAAAUUUAGUUAUAUUGAACCUGGUGGUAAGAAAUUUGUAUGGAAAUCCCUUAAACAAAUAGUAACACAGGAAAAAUCUUUGCCUUGGCCGGAGGAAGUGGUUUUAUAUAAUUCCCUUAAUGCUCCGCCCUCGUUGAAGCCUGCUAAAAAAUAUUCAGAUAUUUCCGGCUUAGAAGCACCGUACACAGAUCCACAAACUAAGCUGCACUAUCAUAACGCUGAAGAAUUCCGCAUUAUAAGAACUCUACCCUCGGAUAUUAUACAAGGUUAUUUAGCCUUAAGAGGAGCCACGAAUAUUGUGGGCUAAUAAUUCUUGUUUCAAAGCAAAAACUCCAUAUAAAAGGGCACAGGGAUAUGCAAUGAGUACUUGUUGGUGAUCCAUUGAAUAGGCUGUAACAAACAGCUUAGAAGCCGAUAAUGAACACCAAAAUAUACAAAGGCCAGCAACAAUAAGUCCCAGAGUUCCUCUAUAAUUAAAAUAAAAUUUUAAAGCACUUCUACAAAAAUAUUCCACAA